GCCAACCCAACAAACAAACACACAACGUCAUGACUCCACCACGCCAAACACUCCACUUCUCACCCAUCUUCCCUCCUCUCCAUCAAUACGCAAAUGUAUAUAUACCCAUAUUUUCAUCAUAUUCCCAUCAAUCCCUUCAAUCAGCCCGGCUGGCACAAUUGGUUAGCGCGUGAGACUUUUAAUCUCAAGGCUCAGGGUUCGAGUCCCUGGUCGGGCGGUUUCUUUUUUGCGGUUUUUUUGGCCAGUGCAAAUGUGAUGCGUGUGUGGACAAAGAAGGCAGGCGAUGCAUUGUGUGGCGGAUACAUAAUGGAAUCUGUGCGUUGUUCAUGGUAGUUUUUUCGUGCUGUCGGUGUCAUGGCUCAGGCCACUCUCUCUGUUAUUAGAAUAUACUCACCAGCAGUUGCAGUUU